AAUAAAAAUUCACGUUCGAUUCACUUGAAAAAUCACGUAGAAUGGUUUCAAAUGUCAAAUUGAAUAUUUUACGUGACGAAAAUGAAUGUUAUACGAACAUCCCCUAAAAUGAAUAGAGUCAUCACAUAAGGUUUACGUGAAUUGACCAAACGUCAAACAAUCUACGUGAAUUUCCAGUGUGAAAAACUCGAUUUUGAAAAUGGCGAGUAGUGGCCCUCGAAGUUAUGAAAGUUUCCAUGCGUUCGACUGGAUCGAGUGCCUGCGUGAGCCCGGAAGUUUACCCGCUCCUGCCGAAUGCUUCAAACAGGCCGUCGGUAUGAAGCUAGAGACACUGGAACCAUGUAAUGCGACUUCAACCUGCAUCGGUAGUGUUGUGGGAGUUCUUGGAUCUCGACUUCGGCUUCGGUUUGAUGGCAGUGACAUUAUUUUGAGUGAGGAAUUGACACGAUACUUGUCGAUUAAUGGCAAUGGAAUUAAUUGCAUUUCAUCACCAAUUCGAAUACCAGAGUUCGACGUCGUUUGUAACUGUCCCGUGGAUUACAUGCACAUGGCUCUUCUUGGCGUUGCUCGACAACUAUCCCGAGUUUGGUUUGAGACUCCAAGCAACUGCAGCUACAUAAAAGUUUAUAUUGAAACCAUUGACGACAUUUUGAUUACAAUCCAUCCCUUUGUCGAAACGUCUAGACACGCCAGAAAAUUCAGCGAUAAAUACCCAUGGAAAGACAAUGAAUGGUUACAUUGGGUAAUUCAUUGUAGCUGUGUGUGUUUAAAGCCAUUUUUACCUAAAGAAUAUUAUGAUCAUUAUCUAUUAUUGGUGUUAUCAAUAACUGAUCUCUUGCAGAGCGUUAUUUCCGAAACAACAUUCAAUGAAUGUGAAGAGCGUCUGAAGCGAUCUGUUCAACUUUUUAAGAUAUUGUGUGGAAUUGAUGAAAUUACCUAUAAAGUUGAUCUUCUUUUACAUUUGGUUGAUUGAGCUAGAGACUAUGGUCCUUAAUGGUGUUUCUCAUUAUUUGUAUAUGAAGACAAUAAUGGUGUUUUGAAGCAAUACAUCAAAGCACCAAAGAGCCUAUUAUUCAAAUAGCAAAUAAAUGUUUUCUUGCUCAAACACGAUAUUACUGCGACAUGGACUUCCUUCAACCCAAAG